CGGCCAAGGGGAAUGUAAACACACCUCGGUGGUCGAAGGUUGAUUUUUCGUUCGAAAAUCUCCUGUUAUCCGCAUUCUACCCGUUGCUCGGAAAUUCGUCCUCUCUGCAUCGGAUUCCGCAUCUCUACUUGAUCCGGGGAAUGGGUGUGCAAAAUUCCAAGCGGUACUUAGCAUUAACUGAAGGAUCGGAAAAGCUCCGGAGCGCCGGAUGGAAACUAGUUCGUCAAUCCGACCGCUCCUUCAAGAAACUCAGUCUAUUCCAACUCAGAGUAUGCGCUCCCACAAAUGACUCGCUGGAAGCGUCAGCUCGCUUCGAAGUGCACAAAAUAGACGAAGGACGGAUACGGGUCCUCAGAAGUCAGUUCACCGCAAACAACUCGGAAGGCGACCGCGUCGUGUUGAGGUGCCGUGAUGGUACGGUGGCACCGCACCAAGAAAUUCUUCGUAGCGCGUGGUCGGGUUUCCUGGACGGCGGCUCGAGCUUCAGGAUCGAUUUCAAGGAAUAUCGACUGCAGGACAUUAGGAAUCUCAUAUGGUUCAUUUACACUUCGCGUCUCCCAGACGAGGAUUACGAGCUCCUGAGUUUGCUGAGCACCUCGCAUCGAUUGGGCUACACGAGUCUAUCGGAGGCGGGAGCUAAGGAACUGCUCGAUAAGUGCGCGGACUUGGACGAAGCGAGUGUUCAAAAACUCAUCAGAUACGCCCGCCGAUUCGAAUUAAAGAGCCUAUACGAUCGUAUCUGCGUUGUUUUGGCAAGGAACUUCCAGCGUAGAGAGCUCAUGCACAGCCUUGACGUUGACAUUCUCAGAGACGUCUUGACUCAGGAUUGUCUCGCCGUGUUCUCCGAGGAUGAAGUUGGUGCAUUCGUCGAGGAGUAUGCGGACAGGAACGGGGGCGACAUCCCCUUGAGUUUCGCUAGAUGCAUUCGCUACAAAUUUCUCAAAGCGCCCAUCUCCGAGAGACUUCUCUUCAACAAGAUCUUCCAAGAUAAUUUCGCGCAGCCUCGAGAUUCGUUCGAACCGUUCUACAUCCGCGCGCGAGCCGGAUUCCGUCACCGGAACGAUACGCUGACGAUUAAGCUGAAAAUUGAAUUGGAAACGCCGGAUGGGAGAAACAAAAAACUAUGCGCCCUGAAACAGCACAGCAACAAUUUGCACGAGACUAAGUCGGACUUUGAGUUCCCCGUCGCCAUUGUUUCCUGUAGGAUGAAUCUCUUCGCGCAACUCGGAAAGUCUGUCGUACAAAUCGAUCCGUCCGGCCACGCAUGCAGCGUCGUUUGCCAUGACGUCAUCGGAUUGGAAACUAGUGAAGAACCGCGACAGGUGGUCGCGGUCACGAAGCUCAAUCAGAAAAUCAUCCUCUGCGACGGCCCCGCAGAGGUCUUGCAGUCGUUUUGCAUUCGACCUUCGGUCGACGGCUUCGAUCUGGCGGUAUUCCUACGGUCCGAAAGUGGUAAUAUCAAGGACCUCUUGGCCAAUGAAGUCAUUUCGGAGCGCGAAAAGCUCAUCGCCGAAUAGAAACUCAUCUCAUUGGAGCAUCUCUUGGAAAAUCAUGUCGAGAAUUACGUUUUUGGAGGGGUAAAGCUCCGAAGAUGCACGGAGGGACUGCAUAUCGAUUCGCAACCGACGGCGGCAUCAAACAAUUCUGACACUGUUUGCGAACUGCGAGGUCCGGAGAGCCGUAACAAGAGAAGAAGGCAUAGUGAAAGCGGACUAAAUGACGCGAAGGAAGCGAAGUUUUUCAACUGCUCUGUAUCUGGAAUCGGGACCGGGGGAACGCGACUCGAGUCUCAAACUGUCUCUGAUGGAAUCGGACGUCGGAUCGAUGUUUUUCCGCUCAGCGCGGUCCGGAGAGCCAUCCUCCGGAAUGGAAGCAUGUUUAGAAAAUUCACAGUCGAGGCUCCGUGUAUUCCAAAUGGUUGGUUACCACGGAGACCUUCCUCUUGGUCUCAGCGAGGCGGGGAAGUGUGAACAUUGGUUCUUUUAGGGCUACCAAUGCGCUCGCAUUGUGAGAGAAUUUCCUCCCUUGCUUGUUAAGUAUCUGGUUUUUAUUCGGCAUUUGUGCAAUUAUGUUCGACGGGAGCAAACAAGAUAUUCUAGGGAGGUAUGCAUAUGACGAAGUAGUAGGAUAUCAAGAUUCCGACGGGGAAUGCCUCUAAGAAAUAAGCAGA